UCAGGAAAUGUGACGCGCUCCUUCCUGGAACUCUCCUUCCUGUCCUGGAAAUAAAUUGAAAAUUUCACCUCCUUUCACAUUCUAGUACAACUGUAAAACCUUUUGAUGUCCAAGAAGAGAUUCUUUUUAUGUUUCAUCAUCAAAGCGUGGACACUCGCCUUUGCAUGUUUCAUCUUCUAGUCUGCUAGUCUUCUUCUUCCAAAGAAACUGUAAAGACAGUGAUAAACUCAUAAUCGUUUCUUCGAUCGCUGGCGAGGUGAGGACGAAAUUGCCAUUGCUGGUUUGCUGUGAUCUUUGGAUUGGAGCAGUUUUUCAGGUACUUGUUAAUUUGUUAUAUAUUAACUUGAUAAAUUAUGUGGACUGAGGAGCAAUUGCAAGCAAUGGCGUGAAUGAGAUUCUUGGCACUUGUAUAGACGGUGGUACAUGCACAUCUGACUAGUUCAAGCCCACCCCAGGUUUGAAUAUUAGAUCCGCCACUUAAAGUUACAUAGUUGUAAAGCCUGAGCCAAUGACGGAGGAUAAUCAAGAACCGGUUGAUGUUGAUGCCUCUGCAUCUCUUCCUUCAUCAUCAGCUCCUCGGUGGAAGUAUGAUGUGUUUUUGAGUUUCAGGGGUUCAGACACUCGCCAGGGUAUUACAUUUGAAUUAUACGAUCGACUGCAAAACAGUAGAGGAAUCAAAACAUUCAUGGAUGACCAAGACAUUCAUCCAGGGAAUGAUAUUUCUCCAACUCUCCUUAUGGCAAUUAAAGAAUCAAGGUUUGCAAUUAUUGUUCUCUCUCAAAACUAUGCCUCUUCCACUUGGUGUUUGGAGGAACUUAGAAACAUUUGUGAAUGCAUGGAAGAAGACAAGAAUAGAAUUCUGCCACUUUUUUAUCGUGUGGACCCUGAUGAUGUACGAUAUCAGAAAAAGAGUUUUGCAGAAGCUUUUACUGAGCAUGAAAAACCAGAGCAACACGGAUCAGAGAAGGUGCAGCAGUGGAGAGAUGCUUUAAAAAAAGUGGCAAAUUUCUCUGGAUGGCAUACACUGCAUUAUAAAACUGAUAGAGAACUUGUGGAUGCCAUUGAGGAAUCUGUCUGGAACAAAUUACGAGCUACUGAAGAUGAGUUGAAAAUGUCCAUCGGAGAUUUUGAAGCAUUUGCAGCAACAAAACAAGCCAUUGAUAAGGUCAUGAUUGCGCUAAAAGAUGAUGAGGCCACUACCAUUGGAGUCUACGGAAUGGGGGGCGUCGGGAAGACGACAAUGGUGAAUUAUGUCGGUGUACAAGCCCGAGAAAAUAGGCUUUUUGAUAAAGUGAUUUUGGCUGUCGUAUCCCAAAACCCCGACUUGAUGAAAAUUCAACAGACAUUUGCAGAAAUGCUGGACUUUGAACUCAAGAAGAAGACAGAAAUUGUAAGAGCCCGUGAAUUGAAGAAGAAAAUAAUGAGAGAAACCAAGAUCCUCAUAAUCUUGGAUGACAUUUGGAAGAGAAUAGAGUUUUCAGACAUUGGAAUUCCGAGCCACAGUGAACUUCAAAGAUGCAAUUCCAAAGUUCUACUGACCACCAGAAAAUUGGAUGUUUGCUGUUCCAUGGAUUGCCAUGCAAACAUACAUCUCAAUAUCUUAUCAGAAGAAGAUUCUUGGAGCUUAUUUGUGGAGAAAGCAAGGAAGUCUUUUGACAAAUCAUCCAAUUUCUAUAAUAUAGCACGUAAGGUGGCUAGCGAAUGCGCUGGUCUACCAAUUGCUUUGAUAUCAGUUGCGAGGGCUCUUCGAAAUGAAAAUUUGGAUGGAUGGAAAGAAGCUGCUCGACGACUAAAAGCGUCUCAACCUGCCAACCCUGAAGAUGAGGGUGAUGUUUUCAAAUGCAUAAAGUUAAGCUAUGAUUACUUGAAAUCUGAUGAUUCCAAAUCAUGCUUCUCGCUUUGCUGCCUGUUCCCAGAAGAUUAUAGUAUCCCAAUUGAAUACUUGCUCAUGUAUGGCAUUGGGAAAGGAAUGUUUCAAGAUUUAAACAUGGCAGACGCCCGAGCAACAACAUACUUAGUGGUGAAGGCCCUUAAAGAUUCUUGCUUGCUUUUGGACGCUGGAGAUGACAAAUGUGUAAGGAUGCAUGAUGUCAUUCGGGAUAUGGCAAUACGAAUUUCCUCAUCUGAAGACGGCCAGCGGUUCUUGGUGAAAGCUCGCUGUGAAUUGAAGAAUUGGCCACAGAUUGAUGCAAAUAAAGGCUACUCUGCAAUCUCAUUAAUGAAAAACAAAAUUCGCAAGCUACCCGAAGAGCUGGUAUGUCCAAACCUCCAGAUUUUAUUACUACAAGACAAUGCUUCUCUAAAUGAGAUCUCAGAAUCUUUUUUCCAUAGUCAAAAUGAAUUAAGAGUCUUGGAUGUUAGCUCCACUUGUAUUUCAUUACUACCCCAAUCAAUCAGUUUCCUAGCCAACCUUCAAGCUUUGUAUUUAGAUGAUUGCAAGCACAGAAUUGACAUUUCUGUAAUCGGAAAACUUCGCAAGCUUGAGAUUCUUAGUAUGAGAAGAAAUGCUCUGAGCAAACUUCCACGCGAAAUAGGACAAUUGACCAAUCUAAGGAUGCUGAAUGUCAGUGGUUCACAUAUUUGGACAAUUCCAUCUACAGUGAUAUCAAAGUUGCAUAAAUUAGAAGAACUGUACAUGCAACGUGUAUUUUCGUACUGGGGGCGUACAAUUUAUGGAGAAGGAGAAGGAGAAGAAACCAAUGUUGGCUUUGAUGAAUUAGCUGGUUUAUCAUAUUUAAGCAUUUUGGAAGUUUCCAUAUCAGAUGCAAAUUGCAUGCCUAGAAGUGUUGAGGUCGAACCGAAUUGGGUUUACUUGAAGUACUUCGAUAUUCGCAUUUGCAGCGACACAGAUGGACAUUUCGAACUUAGGAGAUAUCUAUCUGGUGAUUCUGGUCGUAAGUGUAGAUCCUUGGGUCUUCAUAGUACUGCCAUAGGAACCCUUCCGGACUGGUUUGUCAACGCUGUGGUAAAGAAAACUGAGAGGCUGAGUUAUGAAGAAUGCAAGGGGUUGAGUAACAUUCUUGUGGAAUAUGACCGUGGGAGGUUACAUGGACUGAAAGUUCUCUCUGUAAAUGGUCGCUGUAAGAACUUGAAAGAAUUGAUGAAUGCAAUAACAUGUGUUCCAGAUAUGCCUGUGUUUGAGAACUUGGAAGAGUUGUAUCUGGAAGACCUGGAUGACCUGAAGCAGUUAUGUGUUGGUGAGUUACCAACUGGAUCUCUCUGCAGUCUGAAAUUAUUGGAGGUCCAUUGCUGUUGUAACUUGGGGAAUGUGCUGUUGCCAUCAAAAUUGUUGCAGAAACUACCAAAUCUGGAAAAACUAAUAUGUCAGACAAGUGGAGUGGAAUAUGUGUUUGGAUGUGAAGGAUUUGAGCCGCCGGAUCAAGCAAAUCUGAGAGAGAUGAAGUUGUUCGAUCUAGACGCAGUAAGAAGCAUAUGUAAUGGUCCCGCUCCACGUGGAAUGUUCCAGGCUCUAAAGGAAUUGGCCAUUGAGAGGUGCAACAUCCAGGGAAGUCUCUUCACAUUUGAUGUAGCUCAGUGUCUUCUUCAAUUGGAAACCCUUGAUGUACGCGGUUGCCUUGUGUUGGAAAGAGUAAUCGAAGCAAGGAGGGAAACAUUGAACAACAAGAAGACCGUUCUUCCAAAAUUGAAGAACUUAUGGUUGCAAUUUCUUCCAAUGUUGUACGAGGGAAGUGCUACUGUUGAUUUUGAGUGUCCUUCAUUGGAAAACUUGCUUCUGAGGGACUGCCCCCACUUGUCAUUUCAAUCCUCUGCUUCUGACUACUUCCACAGCAGGAACCAAGUCAAUGAAGAUCUGAGUCUGUCAGAUAUAUUUAAAUGAAUUGAAGAAGACCGUUCUUCCAAAAUUGAAGAACUUAUGUUUGCAAUAUCAUCCAAUGUUGUACGAGGGAAGUGCUACUAUUGAUUUUGAGUGUCCUUCAUUGGAAACCUUGCAUCUGAGUGACUGCCCUCACUUGUCAUUUCAAUCCUCUGCUUCUGACUACUUCCACAGCAGGAACCAAGUCCAAGUCGUCCGACCUGCUUUCAAUGAUCUUCCAUGCUAAAGGCCUAAAGCACGGGAGCACUCAAAGGGAUUUGACGAUUUUGUCCUUCCCUUCCAAUCAAUUUACACUCACUUGCCCCUGCCACCUGUUCAUCUGCUGAGCCACCACCUAAUUCUCGGCUUCACACCUGUCGUCUUUUCUCUGCUGCGCGGAAGUGAAUAGAAGCUGAGAGCGGUAGAGAUUGAUAGGGAGAGAGAGUCGCUUUCAGUCUAUCUGUUCUUUCGAUUUGACGGUGGAGGUCUCCAAUCUGACAAUCUGUGCUUAGGCACCGAAUCAGAACCUGAAGAAGAAGAAGAAGAAAAAUCACCCAGACACUCAGAUCGUUUUGAGGUUCUUGCUGAGGCCAUCGGAAUCGUUCAGCCAAAUUAAGGAUGUGAAUUGACUGAGAUUGACGACCCGAAAAGAUGGCCCGCCUGUUUCAUUUCAUUCGAAUUUCCUCUCUUUCCCUAUAUUCCACACCAACUUAGCCUCCGCCUAGAGAGAGGGAGUUUCCACCUUUCAAAUCAAACUCGGAGAAAUCAAGUUAUAUAUCAGUUGCUAUGGUUAAAGUUUCAAUCUUUUUACUGGUCCGUGAAUUUUGGUGUUCGGUCGUGUAGAACGCGCCAAUCGAGUCCAAUCCGCUUACAUUUGAGAUAGCAAAUAUCGGUGGCCAAAAAUUGGAUCAUAUGUUUAAUAAACUAAACAUAGCUGAUCACUUUUCAUCACACUCUCUCUCCUAGAGUCCUAGCAGCCAAUGAAUUGUACACCAGAGCUGAUCUACAAAACCCACAUGGCCAUACGACGGGGAGUUAGCCAACAGCUGCCGACGGGUUCUGCCUUUCUUUACUCUGAAUUUGUUCUAGGGGAAUCAAAAUAUUAAAUUGGCUCAUGUAAUUGAAAGUAUUGAAGGGGUGUAGAUGGAGUCUCGUGGCAAGUCACUGAAGUUAUUGACUGCAGUUUCCCAGUCUACCCCAGUAACAGAGGCAUUUAAUCUAGGUGACGAUAUUCUAUGGCAAGGGGUGUUCGUGGUAUCUCUGAGACUGAUAUAAUCACGAUUCCCGGGCUGGCAAAUGUCGACUUUGCUGAUGUAAGGGCUAUAAUGGUGAAUGCGGGUUCUUCAUUGAUGGGGAUAGGAACUGCAACUGGAGAUAACUGUCUUCUUCUUUUUUCAUUCCUCUUUGGGAACACGGAAGACAAGAGCAAGAGAUGGUGCAUUAAAUGCCAUUCAAUCAUCUUUAUUAGAUAUUGGUAUAAUGAGGGCUACUGGAAUUGUCUGGAACAUAACUGGUGGAACUGAUUUGACACUCUAUGAGGUAAAUGCUGCAACAGAGGUUAUAUAUGAUCUUGUUGAUCCAACAGCAAAUUUAGUAUUUGGAGCAGGGGAAUCAAAAUAUUAAAUUGGCUCAUGUAAUGGAAAGUAUUGAAGGGGUGUAGAUGGAGUCCCAUGGCAAAUCACUGAAGGUGGCUCUAUCCGAAUGGAAUUGAUUCUUUCUUCAAAGUGACUCUGAUCUGGGAGCAUUCCCCCAAAAGAAUGGAAUGAGCCAUCUCAAAUUGAAAGGCAUUCUUACAAGUAAAUCUGGGUUACCAUCAAUUGUAUCCUAAUUUCUUUUGCUUCUGUGAGCAUCACCGGCCACUUGUGCUCUAUAUAUUCUGGUUUGCUCAGAUGUGCAAGAGUUGGAGGCUUAGAUGGGGUAUUGAUACCUUGGGCCUGGGAUUAAACAUGGUACUGGAAAUCAUUACGGCAAACAUCGUGAUACUUGUUCAACCUUGGUGGGAGGGGCUAUAAGUUAUGUAUAGAGAUGGUGUCCUGUGUUGCAAGUUUGUAAAGAUGAUGUCGGCAAGCUGUGUGUGUAAUUCAGUUAUGCAUUGAAACGUACCAUACAGGCGAAUCAUUGAUAUAGUAAUAUAGCUUGGAUUAAAGACCUUGAAUUGGCAAGAGAAGUAAACAAGACAUUUAGAUGAUCGAGUUCCUCGCUUGCAGGUUGAUGAACUUAUAUGGAAUGCAAGUCAGUCGGUACACUAGAUUGAAGAGUUGGGUGAUUGCGACUAAAAUCAGAUUACUGCAAAGAUUUCUUGUAGUAACUCCAGAAACUCAUUCAACUGAAGCAUUCAGUUGACAUUCUCCGGAGUUUUGUGAAUGCAUUUUGGCCAGCCAGUAGGUUUCUUACAAAACCCUUUUCUCUAAAUCGUUGCUUCCUCCAUAUGCUUUCUGUUCUUUUGUAAUGUACUUCUUGUGGUUGCUUCAAUCUAUCAGCCGAUGUCCUAGAACUCAGUUCAUACACACUUGUAACCGCAAGAAGUUGUGUUUUCAAUUUUUUCCCCCUUUGGGUAUAACAAAGUACAGACUUGGUUGCUAAAACCAAGUAAGAACUCAUUUCAACAAGUACUUGCGUCACUCAUAGUGGUUAUUCACCUCAAUUAAUUUUUGGUAACCAUUUCAUUUG